AUGGUCGGCGGAGAAACAGUAAUCCAACGCGGCGACGGCACCUUCUUUGGUAUUUCCCAGCCCGGAACCGGCUCUGCUGCCGUCCUCCAAGGUGGCUCACUCAAGCACCUGGCUCUAAUGGCCAAAAACUCCCCAGACCGAAUAACACUAGUAACCUCCUACCGAGCGAAAGCCGUCGGUCUCUGGGACAUCUCCUUCCUAACGAACGUGCGACCCUACACCGACUUAUCGGUGUUAUACCCGCAAUGGAGCGCCUACCGUCUGCGGGUGCUCUCCGAAAACACCGCCGCCAUGACCCGCCGCCUCGCCUCCUCUUCCGUUCCGCGGGCGGAACUCGAAACCUUCAUCCGGAGGCAACAAGAAUACCUGCGCAUCACCACAGAGCAAAUAGUCACCGAGCCCACCGUCUCGUCCACUAUCGCGCAAGUGGGCAUUAAUGGUUUCUACAAAGUGCUGGGAAUGUACCUAUCCAACUCGAUAUUCGCCAAUGCGCCGAGCGUCUGUCCGCAGUGCGGGAACGUCGGUAAAGUUGACAAGCGGCAUUUGGCAGAGUGCGUGCGGAUGCGCGAGUGGAGGCCUGAGGCGGAUGUUUGGAUCGUGUUCGAGGAUAGCUUGAAGGAGAUGAGUGCUGGGGGUGCCGUGGUAGUGGAGAAGACGACGAGGCCGGAUCUGGAGGAAGUGGCGAAGGUCUUUCAGAAAGACUUCCAGGCAGGGAGGAGAAAUUCCUGGGGGAUUGCGGAUGAGUUAGCCAGGCUAGGGCUUACCGAGUAUCUUUUGGAGUAUUUGAGGUUUUUUGGGAUCGUGGUGGAGUAA